AUGACGCAUGCGUCAACUUUAAACGGUAUCUCUCUCCUUGGUGGAACACUGCUUACCACAGUUUUAAGUGUUUAUUACUCCUCGAUACUCUCUCCCACUCAUUCUCACUCACUCACUUUCUCUUUCACUCACUCCCACUCUCAUUGUCUCUUUCACCCUCUCUUUUUCACUGUCACUCUCCCACUCUCUUUCACUCUCACUUUCUCAGUCACUUCCAUUCUCUCUCUCUCUCUCUCUCUCUCUCUCUCUACUUUGACUGAUAGUCUAUCGAUUUCCUCACUGUCUGGAAACUAUAUUUCCAGCGAAAAAUGCAUUCCAUUUCUCUCCUCGUCUUCUUACUGCUCCACGCAGCAACUCAAUAGAAAGCACUUCUUAAAUUCUUCCUUAUGUCGCCUCUUGCGGGAGAUACGUGUUUCGCUCUAUUCAUUCAUCUAUCUAUCUAUCUAUCUAUCUAUCUAUCUAUCUAUCUAUCUAUCUAUCUAUCUAUCUCAGUCUGUUCAUUCAUAUCAGUUUGUUCACAUUAUCUAUGUAUUUUUUUCAUUAUCUCUACUGUAUUCUCUAUCUAUCUCAGUCUGUUCAUCUAUCGUAAUCUAUUCAUUAUCUAAGUCGAAUCAUUGUCUCUCUCUCUUUCUCUCUAUCUAUCUAUCUUCCCAUCUGCGUGUUUAUUUCUUCAUUUUUAUACUCCUAUCCACUCCACAGCUACUCGAUUUUGUUGUCCAACGAAUAGAUCUCUUUCUCUCUCUCUCUUUCUCCCCCCCCCAUGUCUGUCCUUCUACCGGUCACUUGUCAUUCUUGUCUGUUUCACCAUUCUCCACUGAAAUGAUUCAUUUUUCUGCUUUUCUCUUUCAUUCAUUUUACCAUGCCCUCCACACACUUCUUAAAUGUCUUCUUUUUCACACCCGCCUAAAAAUCUGUCAUUCAUUUACAUCCGUUUUUCUUCUUUUGUUUUCUUCGUCUUUUCUUCGCUCAUGGGGUUCCUUCUUCAUACCAAUGUUUUAUUUACGAUUUAAUUUCUUUAAGGAAACAAAAGAAGGCAAACCUUGGAUCAUGUGUCUGUCUGUCUGUCUGUCUGUCUGUCUGUCUGUCUCUCUCUCUCUCUCUCUAUCUAUCUAUGUCUAUCUCUCUCACUCUGCAUACGUUUCUUUGUAUUAUAGGAUUGGUGCAGAAGCAAUCUCAUUAAUUCAUUCUAUCUAUCUAUCUAUCUAUCUAUCUAUCUAUCUAUCUCAGUCUGUUUUAUAUAUGUAUCUAUCUAUCUGUUUAUCUGUCUAUCUCAGUCUGUUCAUAUCUAUCUAG